GAGAUGAAACAAGUGGAAGGGGUGAGCGGCGAGACAGCCUCGCCUGUCUUCCUCGGGACCCCCUCGGCGGCAAUGGUGAGUCGCAGCGGCCGCCAAGAGAGGGCACCAGCGGCGCCACCUUCCUCGCCUCACCAAAGGAAGCGCAAGAUGAGCAGUUCAGAGGAAGUGUCAUGGAUUGCCUGGUUCUGUGGCCUCAGGGGAAAUGAAUUUUUCUGUGAGGUGGAUGAAGACUAUAUACAAGACAAAUUCAACCUGACUGGCCUCAAUGAGCAGGUGCCACACUACCGCCAGGCAUUGGACAUGAUCCUGGAUCUAGAGCCAGCAGAUGAGGAAGAAGAAAUACCACACCAGAGUGACCUUAUAGAGCAGGCAGCAGAGAUGUUGUAUGGCCUCAUCCAUGCUCGAUACAUCCUCACAAAUCGUGGCAUUGCACAGAUGAUUGAAAAAUAUCAAGCAGGUGAUUUUGGCCACUGUCCAAGAGUCUACUGUGAAAAUCAGCCAAUGUUACCAAUUGGACUAAGUGAUGUACCUGGAGAAGCCAUGGUGAAGUUGUACUGCCCUAAGUGUUGUGACGUGUACACUCCUAAGUCCUCCCGCCACCACCACAUUGAUGGGGCCUACUUUGGUACAGGUUUCCCCCAUAUGCUCUUCAUGGUCCAUCCUGAAUACAGACCCAAGAGACCUGCUAAUCAGUUUGUACCACGGCUUUAUGGCUUUAAGAUUCACCCUAUGGCAUACCAGAUCCAGCAACAAGCAGCUGCUAAUUUUAAGGCACCAAUGCGAGCCAUCAAUUACAAUAAUGGCAAACGUUAACUAGUGCAUUAUCACGUUAGCAGUGAAGGUGUGAUUGUUUUUUGUAUACUUUGUUUUAUAGAUAGAAAUGAAUCUAGGUAAAAUUGACACAUAAGAAUGAGAAGGUUCAAGAGAAUGUCCUGUUCACACUUCUUAAAUGAACAGUUUGAUACUUUGGCAACACUAAACUUAUUGUGAUGGCUUAAAUUGAAGAAAUGACCAAAUCAUGGUGUAAAUCAUGCAAGUACUUAGUACAGGUCUCUCCUGUUAUAUAGAUAUUCAUCCAAGGAAUUGACCAGUGCAAUUUAUUCAGGAAAUUUUGUACCUCAACUUUUAGUUCUUUGUAACUGUCCAUUCACCAGGAAAUGUGUGGCUGUUAAGAUUCAUGAGAAUCUUUCAUUUCCUUGAUCAUUUGAUUUUUAUUUUUUUUUUUUUUAUUUUUUUUUUAAUGAGUAAAUUAGAUUUAUUGCAUAAUUACAUUUGUGUGAUGGACAUUAUUAACAGCUUCGAUGCUAUAAGAAAUUGACAUUGUUGUGGGAGAAGAACAGUUAAUGUUGAAUAAGCAUGAAGUCUAUUCUAAAUUAGUGUUGAUUGUUUACUGCAAAAUUUAAUUGAUUUGUAAGAAAGAUGAUAUGACAAAACUUGUUAUAAGUUUUGUGAGAAAAUGCAAAGCAUAAUAAUUGAUAUGCAGUAUACUUCAUCAAAGUUUGUACCAGUGAUUAGAACAUGGCUAAGCAAUGUGAUGCUACAGUGAUGACAUGAUAAAAAAAAAAAAAAAAAAAUCCCUGCAUUUAGUGGCACUACUUACAUGGCUGAAGUGAAGUGCUAUUGGAAUGGAGAGAGAUCCCAGUGUAUGUGUCAAUGUUACAGUGCUUAAAAUGCUCUAAUGUGAAAGGUGUGGUGGUGUAGCAACGGACAAGAUUAUCUGGAGGAUUCAGAUAGUGGUCACAUGAUGGUGUGCCACAGUGGGACAACUAUACAGUAUCUUUAGGGUGUUGGAGAUGAAGAGGAACUUUGAGGAGGUACUCUUGGGACAAGAUCUGGUUUCAUUUAUUUAUUAUUUUUAUUAUUAUUAUUAUUAUAUAUAUAUUUUUUUUUUUUUACUUAUUUUUUAAUUUUAUUUUUAUUAUUUUUAUUUAUUUAUUUUCAUUUAUUUAUUAUUAUUAUUAUUUAUUUAUUUUUUUAUUUUUUUAUUUUUUUUAUUUAUUUAUUUAUUUUUUUUUUUUAUGGAACUUGCCUGUUUUGUGACAGUGCUGUUGUAGCUAAGAUUAUCAUAUUCAGGUUAGAAGCCACAAGUACUGGCAAAUGGAACAGUUUAUGGAUAUUGAAUUAUACCCAGAUACUGUGAUUGGCAGGAUUUGUCUUUGUGUACAACUAGUCAGAGGCAUUAGCCAAAGCCAUAUCACAUUGAGGAAGAGUUGGAUGGGUGAUCACCUGUAGUGGCAAGCUUGUAGGAGGAGGAAUAUCACACUAUUGUACUAUCUUCACAAGACUAGUAAAAUAAUUGCAGAUGCAUAGUUGUCAAGUAGUUCAUACUCUCACUUGUAAUCUCUACUUUUAUUUAUUUAUUUUUUACUUGAUGCUGCAUCUACUCAUUCUUUUUUAAGGUGAGAACUGUGUUCCUUUCAUGCUGCAUGGCUUGCUGCUACAGCCCACCAACUCCUACUUCAUGAAACUUAGCUUCAACUACUGUCUUUGAUUCGUCUUACUCGUGCAGGGCGACAAAUCAAGUUAAUCAUGAUUGCUGUGCUAAUAUUCUUCAAAAACAUCCGAAUCCUCAAGCAAAAGAUAUUGUGACGCUACUACUCACGUAUUAUUGUGCUCUGAUUUAGUGCCACUAAAACCUUUCCUUGUUUUUCAGUAGGUUUCACCAUUCAAUUUUUAUCUAUAUUUUGACAUUGUUCUAUUAGGAAGAGGAGGUGGCUUUUCAGGAUGGCAUUCAGUCAACCAUCUCAUUGCUAUUUAGUAUAAUGCGGCUUUCACUACCAUCCUAGUCACUUGGAAAAGAGAAUAACAACGAGUCAUAUCACUGUAGCCACUCCUUAGGAAACAGAUUCAUACAUCUCAUACUUACCACUUAUUGCUGCUUACAUUCUGACUUCACAGAGUACUUCCCACUUCUGAUCAGGCUUCUUAGCAGCAGCAUUUAAAUAUGUGUGCCUGCAGAAUAUGUAUGAUAAUAAUGAUAUGUGGAUUUCUAAAGAUGAUAUAAUGGGACAGAUUUUGAUGAAUUACUAUGUAGGUAAUGAUUUCAUCCCUUAAUCACAUAUAUUGUGUGGUAAAGGUCUUGCUUGGUGUAAACUCAGCAAAGAUGAUAGGUCAUAACAGACUGCCUCAAAUUCUAGUAGGAAGAUCAAUUAAUUUUUUAUAACUUUAGAAGAAAUGAGAAUAACAUGAAUAUUUAUAAUGGAGAGGAUGGCACCAUAACUUCAGACAAACUGUACCUUUAAAAACCUUGUAUAUCAUUACAUCAGCAUGAAAGUUGGUGUUGUGCUGCAGAUCCAUAAAAUCAUAGGUUUUAUGAGCAAGGCAGGCAGCUCUGCAAUAGAUCUAGUGAUGUUCCAGGCUGGAAAAGAUCAGUGAAAAGAAUUUAUAGUAUUGUCUAUUUUUGUACAACAUGCAAGGCGAGCUGUAAAAUAGAAAAGAUUCUCUUUAUAUUGAUAAGUUGUCUUGAUAUUGAUAUGUUUUGACACAUUACUCAGAAUUGACAGUUUUGAAUAGAUUCAUUAAAUCCUGUUUUCUUCUAUAUCUUUACUGCUUAAUAGGCUGCCACCAUGAGGAUCCUAAGAAUGAAAUGUGAUCAUGGAACUUCCAUUUACAAAUGAUAACAUCAGUAAUGUUGUGUUAGGUUCUAUGGAAACGCAUGGAUAUGUAACAGGAAGUUGCUGGUAAAAUGUGUUGCAUCAGCCAUACUGAUUGAUGACAACUAUAUCUUCAAGAAUAGCCUUUUAGGUUUGCUAAUUGCCUAAGCAUCUGAUAAAAUUAUGUUCAACACAUUUUGCAUUUUCUAAAUUACCUGUCAGUAAACAGGUUUAUUAUUUGAAGGAUAUCAGUUAUUAAAUAACUUUAUGAUAUACUAACUCAUUUCCUCAUGGCCUGACUUUUAUUGUCUUAUCAAAUAUGAUUUUGUUUCAUAAGCCAUAUUCAGAACAAUGCAAACUCUACAUUGCACUGUUCACUUUCCAUGGAGUUCCCUAUUACCAUAGCUGGGCAUGAUGACUAAAAAAAUUAUCAUGAUAUCCAGUAAACGAUAACUAGCAGUGAAUUUAUCUGCCAUUAACCAAUAAAUUGAUAAAUCAAAAGUUUUGAUGCAAUAGGUAGUUAUUGAAUGGAUAUUUUGACUUUAAACAAAUUGAUGAAUCCAAAUCUUUACUUUUAUCUUUUAUCUUACAAAUCUGAAAAAUCUUAAAAAAAAAAAAUUCAUAUUCAUUGUUCACCCUUCCCUUCACUAAUGAAAGGUUCUACUGUUCUAAGUAAAAUAAUUUGAUUUUAUUUUGAAGAUAAAAACUUGAACAUAUUUGUUACAAAAAAUAAAUAUUCUUGAUUAUCGCUUGUUUGGAACAUAAGUAUCAAUGAUAUAGAUUCACGACAAUGCAAGAAAAAUAGCUAUUGGAUAACCAGUAACCCAAUAUUGUUAUUACAAUAAUUUAUUACAAAAAUGAACACUUGUUAUUACUAAGAUUUAGGAGAGAAAUGGUUUUGUCGUGUUUCAAUGAUGACUGCUUUCUCUCUCUCUCUCUCUCUCUCUCUCUCUCUCUCUCUCUCUCUCUCUCUCUCUCUCUCUCUCUCCACUAGAAGGGAGCAUGUGAUUACAAGAUUUAAUUCAAGUUGGUAGGUUAUAAUGAAUUCUCUCGAGACCGACUAUUUUGAGCAGUAUUUAGUCAUGGCUACCAAACCAACAAGCUUAUUAUUUUCCCUUUUCUUUUGCUGUCUUACUUAUUAAGGAUAGCCUCGCCAUAUAUCAGGAGAGACGUGUACACGAGCAACUUUGGGAGUCCUUCAGCAGGAAGGUUUUUCCAUCACAUUCCAAACAAAUGUAUUAUUUCUCACUUGGGAUAAUAAAAGGAAGAGUAUUCCUAUCUCCUCUAUUGUGUUAAUGUGAUGGCUAAACUAAUACCAUAUCUGUUAUUUAUGGUAUUUAUCAUAUCUAGGUUAAGCUGAACAGUAGGGUAUAUCUUAUAAUAAAAAUGUAAAUAUG